AUGGGAGCACAACUAUCAUUGCUGGUUCAAACAUCACCUUCCAUAGCCAUUUUUUCAUAUAUCGAUGUUUUAGAAGAAGUACAUUAUGUUUCUCAGUUAAACUCAUCAAGAUUCUUGAAAACAUGUAAAGCAUUAGAUCCUAACGGUGAAAUUGUGAUUAAAGUUUUUAUCAAGCCAACAGACGAGUAUAGUCUAAGGCCAUUUCUCCAGCAAAUAAAGGCACAAUCGUUUAAGUUGGGGCAACUACCGCAUGUUUUAAACUACAGUAAGUUGGUCGAGACAAAUAGAGCCGGCUACAUGAUACGGCAGCAUUUAAAAAAUAAUUUGUACGAUAGAUUGAGUUUAAGACCUUAUUUGCAAGAUAUUGAACUUAAGUUUAUUGCUUUCCAGUUACUAAAUUCCUUAAGGGACAUCCAUAGCUUGAACAUUGUCCACGGUGAUAUAAAGACGGAAAACAUCCUAGUAACAAGUUGGAACUGGUGCAUAUUGACAGAUUUUGCUGCAUUCAUCAAGCCCGUAUAUUUGCCUGAAGACAAUCCAGGUGAGUUCUUAUUCUAUUUCGACACUUCAAAGAGACGAACCUGUUACCUGGCUCCAGAGAGGUUUAACUCUAAACUUUAUCAAGAUGGAAACUCUAAUAAUGGUAGGCUAACUAAAGAAAUGGACAUAUUUAGUCUUGGUUGUGUUAUUGCAGAAAUAUUUGCAGAAGGUAGGCCUAUUUUUAACUUAUCACAGUUAUUCAAAUAUAAAAGUGAGUCAUAUGAUGUUAAUAGGGAAUUUCUCUCGGAAGAAAUGAAUUCUGCUGAUUUGAGAAACAUGGUUCUUGAUAUGAUUCAACUGGAUCCCUUGAAGAGGCUUUCAUGUGAUGAACUGUUGAAUAAAUAUCGCGGCAUUUUUUUCCCCGAUUAUUUCUAUACUUUUACUUAUGACUAUUUUAGAGAUUUGGUUACUAUGACGACAAGUACCCCAAUCCCAGAUAGUACUUCUACCAAUCGUACCCUAGAAGAUAAUUCAAAACUUCUCGAUGAGACCAUGGAAAAGAUAUACAAAGAUUUUCCUCAAAUUUGUCAUUGUCUAGACUUUCCCCUUACUAAACAAGGAGUCAGAACGGACUCAAGCUCCUCAAAAUUAACAUUUAAUGAAGAUAAUUCAGAAGAUAGUCUGUUCUCUAAUACUAAUUUGUAUUUCCCUGAUAACUAUUUCUUAACUUUGCAGAAAUUUGCCCAGAUAUCCGAAAAAAUAAAAUCAGUUAAAGAGGAGUGUGCUCUACUUUUUAUCUCUUAUUUAUCUCACAGUUUAAGAAAUAUUGUUUCAACGGCCACAAAAUUUAAAAAUCUAGAACUGUUAGCAGUAUUUGCACAAUUUGUAUCUGAUGAAAACAAAAUUGAUCGAGUUGUGCCCUACCUUGUAUGCUGCUUUGAAGAUAAUGACCAGGAUGUACAGGCCCUAUCUUUGCUAACAUUUAUUCAAGUUCUGACUUCCGUAAAAACACUGAAUCAACUGAACGAGAAUAUAUUUGUAGAUUACUUGCUUCCAAGAAUGAAAAGAUUACUUGUUUCCAAUAGACAGAAUAGCAAUUAUCUAAAGAUAGUGUUUGCUAAUUGUUUAAGCGACAUAGCGGUUAUUAUUAACAGAUUUCAAGAAUUUUUUUUUGCUCAGCACUUCAAUGAUAAAUCAACUGAUAAUAAUAUGGAAAUCAUCGAAAACACUACGAAGUAUUCAACAAAACUGAUUCAAAGUGUUGAAGACUUAACUGUGCUUUUUUUAACAGAUAGUGACGUGCAUGUAAAAAUGGCACUUUUGCAGAACAUUCUUCCUCUUUGUAAGUUUUUUGGUAGGGAGAGAACAAAUGAUGUUGUAUUAAGCCAUUUAAUAACCUACCUUAACGAUAAAAAUCCAGCUUUGCGUGUUUCCUUAAUUCAAACAAUUUCGGGAAUAUCAAUUCUUUUAGGUACCGUUACAUUAGAACAAUAUAUUUUACCAUUGUUGAUCCAAACUAUCACAGAUUCAGAAGAACUAGUAGUUAUAAGUGUUUUACAGAGUUUAAAAUCUCUAUUCAAGACUGGAUUAAUUAGAAAAAAAUACUACAUUGAUAUAUCAAAAACUAUAUCUCCUUUAUUGCUACAUCCUAAUAACUGGAUAAGACAAUUUACUUUAAUGAUAAUGAUAGAAAUUAUUAACAAGCUAUCAAAAGCUGAAGUCUACUGCAUCCUAUACCCGAUAAUAAGACCUUUUUUUGAGUUUGACGUUGAAUUUAACUUCAAAUCAAUGAUAACCUGUUGUAAACAACCAGUAUCAAGAUCUGUUUACAAUUUAUUGUGUAGCUGGUCUGUUAGAGCGUCCAAAUCUUUGUUCUGGAGAAAAAUUUCCACAAAUCAUGUAGAUUCUUUCGGAAAUAAUAGAAUAGAGUUCAUAACAAAGGAUUAUUCAAGCAAAAAUUAUGGACUUAGUAAAAGAGGUACGAAAUUAGGCUCUUCUUCAAAAGGAGUUAAAACAUCAUCCAUGGUUUAUUCCCAUGAUAACAAGGAAAUUCCGCUAACUGCUGAAGACAGAAAUUGGAUUGACAAAUUUCGUAUCAUUGGACUAACCGAAAAAGACAUCUGGAAAAUUGUGGCCCUUAGAGGUUAUGUAAUAAGGACAGCGAGAGUUAUGGCAGGACACCCUGGUUUUCCAUAUAACAGUAGUAAUCACCGUCCGUUAAUACAGAAUUCACCACCAAACUUGAAUCUUACCACUAUCAUGCCAAGAAAUAUUUUCUUUGAUGUAGAGUUUGCGGAAGAAUCGACAAGUGAAGCACAAGAUUCCAACUUGGAGAACCAGCAGAUAUAUAAAACUGAUGAGAGUGAACAAAAUAGCAACAAGCCAAGUAUCAAUAGUCUCAAGCAGUUGUCUACUGUGAUGGAUAUAAAUGGAUCAUUAAUGUUCAAAAAUAAGUCCAUUGCCACUACCACUUCGAAUUUAAGGAAUGUUUUUGUUCAGUUAGAACCAACUUCCUAUCACAAGCAUUCUCCAAACCAUGGCAUGAAAGACAAUGAAAAUUUUAAACCAGAAAGAAAGGUAAUUGUUAGUAACAGUUAUGAAGGAGACAUUGAAACCAUAGAAAAAUUUUUAUCAACUUUUAAAGUUCUACCUCCCUUAAAAGAUUAUAAAGAGUUUGGUCCUCUUCAAGAAAUUUCGCAGCGUCCAGAUACAGGUGAUUUAAGAGGCAAGUUAAUGGCUACUUUGAUGGAAAACGAACCCAAUUCCAUUACAUCUGCUACUGUUUCUCCCAGGGAAGCGCCGUAUUUAGUAACUGGUUCAGAUCAGGGCGUAAUAAAGAUUUGGAACUUGAAAGAAAUCACCAUGGGUGAGGUUUAUUCUUCUUCUUUAACCUAUGAAUGUUCUUCGGCAAUAACCCAUGUGACCAUGAUUCCUAACUUUGAUGCAUUUGCGGUUUCUAGUAAAGAUGGCCAAAUUAUCGUGUUAAAGGUUGACUAUUACCAACAAGAAAAUGAAACCAAGUUUUCAAACUGCGAAUGCAUCAGAAAACUCAAUUUGAAGAAUUCGGAUAGAAACGAAUAUGCAAUGAAAAUGAGAGCAUAUGUGAAUGAUGAGAAAUCUCUGUUAAUAGUUUUAACAAAUUUGUCAAGGGUAAUUAUAUUUGACAUCAAAACCUUAGAGAGAUUACAAAUCAUUGAGAAUUCUCCAAAACAUGGUGCCGUUUCUAGCAUAUGUAUCGAUGAAGAUUGUUGUGCCCUAAUUUUGGGUACAACUAGAGGCAUCAUUGAUAUAUGGGAUAUUCGUUUCAAUGUCAUGAUAAAAAGCUGGUCUUUUGGGGACCACACACCUAUCACACAUUUAGAGCAGUGCGGGUUUUAUGGGAAGAAUUCAAUAAUUAUUGUAGGCGGUAGUUCAAAAACGUUCCUGACAGUAUGGAAUUUUGUUAAAGGGCACUGUCAGAAUGCAUUCAUAAAUUCUGAUGAGCAGCCAUCUAUGGAACAUUUCUUGCCAAUUGAGAAAAACUUGGACGAAAUAAGGUUUUGUGGAGUUAGGUCUUUAAAUGCAUUGAGCACAAUUUCAGUCUCAAAUGAUAAAAUUCUUAUUACUGAUGAAUCAACUAGUUCCAUUGUCAUGUUUAACCUGAAGGAACUGUCUUCUUCCAAAGCAUUGAUUAGCCCUUCAAGAUUCAGUGACUCUUUUCUUCCAACACAAGUCACGGCUAAUUUUACUAUACUACUAAGGAAAACGAGACGUUCCAGCACUAAUGUACUAGAUGAUUCAUUAUAUCAUCAUGAUAUUAUAAAUGCUAUAUGUACAUGUCAAGUUGAUCAGACACCCUUACUGGUCGUCUGUGAUAACUCAGGACUUAUUGGAAUUUUCCAGUAA